AUGAUGAAUUUGCCGCUACUAUUCUCUGCGGCAGAGUUGACUGGAAACCAGACAUUCAUCAACAUGGCUAUCAGUCACGCCAACAAGACCACCGAUAAUCACAUUCGUUCUGAUGGUUCUACGUAUCAAGUCGUAGCAUACAACGAAACUACAGGUACAGUAAUCAGGCGCUACGCUGUACAAGGCUACUCAGAUAAUAGCACCUGGACGCGAGGCCAAGCUUGGGGGAUAUAUGGAUUCGCCAAGAUGUUCAACUAUACCACCCAAUCACAGUAUUUGGAGACAUCCCGACGAAUGGCGAAUGUGUUUUUAGCACGCCUUCCUUCGAGUGGCGUCCCACCCUACGAUUUUGGUGCACCCGCAUCUAACCGACCAGCCGACACUUCUGCUGCAAUGAUUGCCGCUGAAGGACUGUUCAUUUUGGCAGAGGCUGAAGCCUAUAGUAAAAACGCGACGGGCGCCAAGUACUAUAAAGCGCAAGGAGUAAAGCUUUUGAUCAAUAACUUCAAAUUUGCGUUCAAAUCGACUUGGGACAGUAUUUUGAGCAAUGGUACUUCUAACGCCCCUCAGAAUAAUCAAAAUACCGGUUUGGUCUAUGGAGAUUACUAUGCUCUACAGGCCGGGAACACCAUGCUGAAACUUGGCCUAGCUUCAUGCUGA